CGCUGACAAAAUAGUUACGUCUCAGAUGUUUGUUCUACUGUCAACUGGUACAUAAAACAGUUUUUGCAAUGUGCACGGCUUAUAAUAAUUACGCAAUGGCGUACGUGUCGGACUUACCUGUAUGAAUGAAUUUCACGCCAAAUUAAACAUCACCCGAGAGCAUAAGCAGAAGUGCGUUAGCGGAGGAUAUCUCCAGCAUUAGGUUGUUGUGUAACGAGGGGGUGUGUCUUACACAAGGCAGACGGGGCAAAGAAAAACAUUUAACACUGGGAUAAGCAGAGGUUGAGUUUCAUUUGAUUCAGUUCAUACGCCGUGAUACACGGUUCGUAAAUCAAGAGAUCGGACCAAUAACCGCACUCAACGCUUGCAAGUAAAAAAAUAGAUGGCUGGGAAAUUCGAAGAGGUUUUAGAAAAAGCUGGCGGCAUUGGGCGGCGACAACUAGCUAUCUUCGCUGCAAUUAAUCUCACUGAUUUCGUGACGGCGUGGACUAUAAUGCUGCCUGUAUUCACUGGAAUGAUUCCUCACUGGACAUGUCCUGUAACAGGACAUAAUCUUAACCUCACAUACUCAACUAAUAGAAUAAACGGCACGUCAACUGUUGGAAUCUACAACAUAACAAUGGCCGAUGGAAAUUCUUCCCUGGUUCAGCGAGACGUUUGCCAAAAGAAUGCCACGUUUGGGAUAUGCGAUGGCAUACAGUAUGUCUCAGAUUUCACGUCUGUGGUAACAGAGUGGAACUUGAUCUGUGACUUAGAUGAAAUAAGCGACCUCAUCACAACGAUCCAAAUGAUUGGCAUUGUUUUUGGGGCUUUUUUAAUCAGCCAUCUUGCCGAUAUGUUUGGUCGAAAGAAGGUCUGGAUUUCGGUGGUGACCCUCAACUCAAUGGUAGGGUUCGCAAAUGCGUUCUCUCCAUACUGGGAAAUGUUUGCUGCCAUGCGCUUCUUUAACGGAAUGGCUAGCGGGGGUUUGCUUAUAUUGAGCUUUAUCUGGCCGCUGGAAUUCAUUGGGACGAAAUACCGCAGUAUAUGCGGCGCGGUGAGCUUCUGGCAAAUAGGGACCAUGUGUCUUGCGCUACUGGCAUAUUUUGUUCGAGACUGGAGGACACUAGUAAUGGUGACAUCAUUAUUCCCAGGGGUACUGUUCUGGAUAUUGUACAGAUUUUUGCCUGAGAGCCCAAGGUGGCUUGCGAUGAAUAACCGUCUAGAGGAAGCUAUGGCUAUUUUGGAGGCUAUAGCUAAGACUAACAAGAAGCCGCUUCCAGAUAAGGACGUUCUGCAGAAGGCAGUAGAGGAAGAUAAGAAUAUCGAAGAAAAACUAAAAAAAUACAAUUUUAGUGAUCUGUUCAGGACUCCUACGUCGACCCUUCACACUUUAGUGCUUAUGUUUGUAUGGUUUGUCUGCACGUCUUCGUACUAUGGUCUAUCGUUAAAUGUGAAGCACAUGCCUGGGGACAUCUACGUCACCACUGUUCUUCUGGGACUGGUUGAGUGGCCUGCGGUUCUUUCGACUACCUGUCUUAAUAACGUGUAA